AUGCCUUACCGACAAAAUGCACCACCAUCUGUGACCUCCAACAUUGGGAAUCAGCCCAAAUAUACAGAUCCUGUCAGAGCCGGUGACUUGGAUAAUGGUGGCACGAACUCGAUGCAAAGGACACCUGCAGGAAAUCAAUCCCCGCUGACCGUGUCCCAUCCUACACUGGACAACAUCUCGUCGAAGAAACCACCGUCUUCCUUUCCGGCUGCCUCGAUGACCACAGCUUCGAAACGCGAUUCCGCUGAGAAUGUCACCUCUACUCCAUCCUUCACGUCGAGGAGGAGGCAGUCGUCUAUCCCUAGUGCGAAGGCUCCCAUGGGUCCACGCCCCUUGGACCACAGUACUGGGAAAAGGUUCGUGGCGGCCGCAGUUUCCAAAAGCCAAUUUGAACCUCUCCCGAAAGCUAACGCCUACCUGUUUACCAGGUCCGCAAGUAAUUCAAUGGCUCCUCAAUUCAACUCCCUCCGAGGUGCCUCUGCCGUCGCUUCCCAAGAUCCCUAUACCCACGAGUUAUCCAUCAACGACAUCUCAAGAUUCAGUUUUGCAUCAAUACAGGCCAAGCCAUCCUCGCAGGACGAACGGGAUGGGUCCCUGGAUUUUGGUGACUUUCUUGAGCCUACUUUCAACUUUGACGACUUUCAAGACACUAUUGUUGGUACCGAACCUAGCUUAAAUCACUUCCCUCUUCCGGGCCGGGGGGCAUCGGUGAAAUCUCCCCCUUCUACCGAAGCUCCCGGAGUUGAAAAUAAGAAGCCCUUGUCACAGCCAACGAUUCCCAUCCCUACUCGAAAAGGCUCGGGCGUGACCCCGAUUGCCCGUAAAAGCUCUACUGCCUCCAACACCUCGAGGAAUUCUACCAAGUCUGAUUCAAUGACUGCUACCACUACCUCGAUCCUUCGAGGAAGAAGACAGAGUCAUUUCCCGCCAAACUCGUUCAAUAAUACAGGCACCGGCGCCAAAGCACCACGGAAAUCCGUAGGUCCGGGUACAUUCAUUGCUCCAGAGACGUCCGACAAACCAACUGUAAAGCGACGACCGAGUGCCGGAGGAAGAAAAUCGAGUGUAGAAAGUGGGAAGAAUUUGUCAAUGAGAAAUAUGACUAGGGGAGGUGAAGAGAGUGGCACAGAAGAUACGAAGUCAUCUGGGACAGUCAAGACGAGAGCAUCACUCGCUCCAAAGAGACAAACGGCGAAAGAUUUGCUCACACCCUCCAGAACACCUGAUCCGACUAGAUCGACUUCUACCACUGGCGCCCAUCAUACUCCCACUAGAAGAAGUGGCACUCCUGGAAGAACGACCACGCCUGGAGGAAAUGGUGAUCGUAAUCGUCGAAUGUCGGUUAUGCCCCAUCAUGCAACAGGAUUGGGUGCCCGAACAGUUAGCCCAACCGAUGCUCGACGACUGAAACGAAUGUCCGUUGUUCCUCCAGCUCCGCCCUUACCUCAGAGUCGGAUUUCUCAAGCACCACUCACUCCACAACCAGAACCUGUUCCACAAAUGCCGCAGGCUGAUAUGCAGUCUCCUGUGGUUCCGAGCCGAAAAAGUUUGACGCCAUCCUCGUCGAGAACGACGCCCGAUCCGAAUCGAAAAUCAUAUAGCUCCGGCCAGUCAUUAUCCUCCAAUACAAGCUAUAGCUCCGUUCGAAAUACUGUCAACAAUCCCGCAAGGCUUUCACAGACGGUAAACUCUUCAAGGUUGCCUACUCCCAAGCCUCGACUUGAUACCUCCACAGCGACCAACUACGAACUGGAAGUACCACCGGUCCCUGCCAUACCCAAAGCUUAUGAGUCACCGGGGAGCGAACAUGACCAGCCCUUCUUCUCGGCCAGAUCAUCCAGUUUGCCCCCAUUUGAUGGGGCUAUUUCUGCAAGCCCCGUGGUUUCGACACUGGCUGAUGCGAUGAAGGCUUUAGAAACUCCACGAGCGCCGAGCACCUCAUCACACGUUUCAGGUCCACCUCCACAAGCGGAGACCGAACCAAAGCCCAAGUCUCAGCCAAAAGCAAGCAAGAAGAGUCUUCAGUCGCUCAGGUUACCCCCCUUGAACUUGCUGCCAUUGAACACACCUACAUCUGCCAAGAUCAAGUCGCUCAAUUCCAAAUCCGAGGUUGGCGAGAAGCCUGGCACGCCUCCCGGUGUUCGGACCACGAUGAAGACACCAAGUACACCCAUGACUGCCUCCAAAGCAAGCUUCUUUCCCCGAGGUCACAAGCCUGCCGAAGAGACGUUGACGCUUCGAAGUAGUACUUCCCAUCAUGCUCUCCGUUCAGAUGGACUUCGACCUCCUAGCGAUAUCAGUCCUAGCCUGCCAGCAUUUUCAUUCGAGUCAGACAAGCCAACUCAUCGCAAUAUUUCGCCCUUUAUAUCCUCGUCUCUGCCCAAGAGUAACGACGAAUUGGCGAAUUAUAUGAGACCCAAUUUCAUUACCGAGUUAAAUCGCAAUCCGAGUCAAGCAAGACCAAGUGGUCCUCGGGCUCCAAGUUUCUCGGUGACGCCAAGGACUGAAGUUCCUCCCAGUCCGGCCGAGAAACACUCUGAAAGCGAGUCUGUCUUCUCAACCUCCGCACUGAGGAGGAAAUUAAGUCGGAAACGGAGUGAAACGAAAUUGCCAGAGACACCUCAACAAGAUGAUAGCUUGGCCAAAUAUGACAACAUGCCGCCUCCAAAGCUCCCAGCCUCGGCAAGUUGGACCAAUCCUCAAACGGGCAAUGCAAGUCCGUCUCAAAGGCCAUCCUAUCUCCGGUCCAGGCGACAAACUUCAACAUCGAGCGCGAAUAAUGGACCGGAGCGACAAGAGAGCUUUGAUAGUACGAUGUCACAUGCUUCGAGCACUCGCCCUUCGGCAGAACCUGCCCUUCUCGUUCAGUCGCAUAGGUCGGGAUCUUUGUCAGCGAGUACAACCAAUCUUCUCGCCAAUAAACUAACGCAACAUCAGCAAGGACCUUCCCUUGAUCGUGAUGAUUUGAUCGCGGAAGAAGAGAUGAAGAAACUUGCUUCCAAGAGGAAAGACUUUGAAUCUGCUGCCCGCGAACUUGACGCACUUCGAGCUAGAGCCAAGCCCGUCCGUUGCAUGUCCGCUGACACAGCUUCACGGAUUUUUGAUCUGAAUAUCUUUGAGCGGGGUGAAAUUGUUGAUUAUCCAGAGGUUUACUUCACUGGCACCCUAAGCGCUCGAAAAAUCGUGGGAGACUUGCAAUCGGCGUCCACCAACUUCGGUUAUGAUGAUGAACGAGGUGACUACAACAUCGUUGAGGGGGAUCACCUAGCAUAUCGAUACGAAGUCGUCGAUCUUCUUGGGAAAGGUAGUUUCGGUCAAGUUGUACGCUGUGUGGAUCACAAGACGGGAAUUCUCGUUGCCGUCAAGAUUAUUCGCAACAAGAAGAGAUUCCAUCAACAAGCUCUUGUGGAAGUCAACAUUCUCCAAAAAUUGAAAGAAUGGGAUCCGGACAAAAAACACAGCGUUGUCAAUUUCGAUCAAAACUUUUAUUUCCGAGGUCACCUAUGCAUAUCCACUGAUCUUCUGGGCAUGAAUCUUUACGAAUUCAUCAAGGCGCACGAUUUCCGGGGUUUCUCAUUGAAAUUAAUUCGACGAUUCACAAAACAACUUCUUCAAAGUCUCAUCCUCCUCCACCAUCACAAGGUCAUCCAUUGUGAUCUGAAGCCGGAAAAUAUUCUCCUUGCUCACCCAGUACAUUCCGAAAUCAAGGUCAUUGAUUUCGGUUCGAGUUGUUUUGAAAACGAAAAGGUGUACACGUACAUUCAGUCUCGAUUUUAUCGAUCGCCCGAAGUCAUUCUCGGAAUGUCUUACGGCAUGCCAAUCGACAUGUGGAGUGUCGGAUGUAUUUUGGCCGAACUUUACACUGGGUACCCUAUUUUCCCAGGAGAAAAUGAGCAAGAACAAUUGGCCUGCAUCAUGGAAGUCUUCGGACCGCCAGAAAAACACCUAAUCGAGAAGAGUAGCCGAAGAAAGCUCUUCUUCGAUUCGAUGGGCAAACCACGGUUAACGGUUUCAUCCAAGGGAAGGAGAAGGCGACCAAGUUCAAAGGACUUGCGCCAAGUCUUGAAAUGCGACGACGAAGCGUUCCUUGAUUUCAUCUCGAAGUGUCUGAAAUGGGAUCCGUCACGACGAAUGAAUCCUCACGAGGCCAACAGGCAUGAAUUUAUCACUGGAGUCAAACUGAGUACCAACACUACGAGACGAAAUCCUGGCGUGGUGAACUCUCCGAUUAAGCGGAUCAACUCAGUGACCAACUCCGCUAGUGCCAGGCCCUUGCCACAACCUCCAACCACGAGUUUAAAGGCCCCCGUCGGAAACAGGCAAGAGACAUCACCUAAUAAACCUGGAGCGCGACGACAAUCAACUAUGCCAGGAGCAUUACAAACGACAUCACAAGCAAAGCGAGCAUCACAUGCAGCCAUGACCUCUUCGACAUCCAAUUCGAGUUUGACAAGGUUGACCGUUGGUCAAAGAACCAUGAAUGGUAGAUCUGAUUUGGCGGCUGCGGCGGCGGCAGCAAGUUUGGUAAAGUAG